GGGAUUCCAUUUGUAUAUCCGGGCUGAACAAAGAUGUCAGCGCCCAUUAAUUGUUUACGUGUCAAAAUAAAAAUUAACAACUAUUAACAUUGACUGCAACUAGUUUCCGCCUGAAUUGAACUUUAUAAAAGGGAAUUAAUCAUGGCAUUUUCAUUUUCUAGGAAAGUGCUGCUAGUGCUGGGGGUGGUGUGGCUGAUUGUGUUGCUGUGCCUCUGGUUCCCGGACCUGAUGCCCCUGCCCUCCUUCAUCAAGCAGCGAGCGCUGGGACACACCAAAGUAGACGCUGAGAAUGGUGGUCCAUUUUUACAUGCCCAAGCCUUUCAAAUGGCGCGGUUCAACAAGUCAGCUCUUGACCAAGGAGACAUUAUCCAUGUGUGCAUAACAUCUGAUGAGAACACACUGGGCGGGAUGGUGGCACUUGUUAACAGCAUUGACCUCAACACGCGCCAUCCUGUCAUGUUCCACCUGGUCGUUGACCAGAACAGCCUUGCGCAUAUCAAGACGUGGAUUGAGGGUUCUCGUCUGCGUGACAUCAUGUAUGAAGUGAAAGCCUUUCCUGAGGAAUGGGUGGCAGGGAAGAUUCAAUUGAGAGGCAGUCGACCAGAGUUGGGCAAACCUUUGAACUAUGCUCGUUACUACAUGCCAAGACUGUUCCCAGAUCUGCAUGGAAGAAUUAUCUUCAUUGAUGACGAUGCCAUUGUACAAGGUGACCUGUAUGACCUCUACACUAUGGAGCUGAAGUCCAACACAUGGGCAGCAUUCUCUGAUGACUGUACAGGAUCUAACAAGAGGAUCACCAUGAUGAAGAAUGUAUACUCAGAGUACAUAGACUUCAAGAACAAGCAGGUACAGUUGCAGGACAUGAGCCCCAUGGAGUGUUCCUUCAACAGCGGGGUCUACGUGACUGAGAUGGACCUCUGGAGGAAGAACAACAUCACCGAGCAGCUUGAGCGCUGGAUGACUCUCAACACAGUAGAGGAAGUCUACGGUAAUGAGAAGGGUGGAGGUGGCUCACAACCUCCCAUGAUGCUUGUCUUCUACAAGAAGUACACCCACCUUGACCCGAACUGGCAUGUCAGAUACCUCGGCUGGACACGGGGCACCAGCUACACAGCCCCGUUCCUGCGCCAGGCCAAGCUCCUGCACUGGAAUGGUCCCAUCAAGCCCUGGGCUCGCGCCUCCCAGCACUCCAACAUCUGGGACCGAUACUUCAUCCAGGACCCCAUGAAACGAUUUGUGCCUGUCAGGAAAUCUUAAACUGGAUUCAUUCCUGUCAGUAAAUUAUGAACACGAUGUGGUCCCAUCCAGAAAUUUUGAACUCAAUUGGUGCUUGUUAGGAACUUAAUUUAUGUUUAAUUGUUGACUGUAUGUAGGUAUGGGUGUGUGUAUUUGUGCUUGCAUGUUAUGUUUCAUGCUGUGAAGUGUAUUUUUUUGAGUGUUGAACAUUGGAUGUCAAAUCAGAUUCAAGACAUGAAAAUGUUUUUGUAGGUUUGGAAAUCGCGAUCUUGCUUGAUGUGUGCUCACAUCUGACUUAUAAAUCAAGUGUGUUUGUGUUUUUUGUGUGCGUGUUUGUUUUUUCUUCAUUUUGUAUUAUGCAGCGUUUUGAGUGUUGUAAAUAGAAUAAAAUCAAAAGCAUGCAACAAUUCUGAUAAUCUGUAAAAUUUCAAACUUCCUUGAUGUGUGUUUACAUCUGACAAAUGUUGCAUGAUUGUGUGUGUAUAUGUGUGUGUGUUAUGAUUUACACUGCUUAUCAGCAGCUUUUGGAGUGUUGAAAGUUUAAUGUUAAAGAAAUGGAACAUAUGAACAGAUUUGUGCCUGUAUAAAAAAGACUUGAAAGUGCCAUCAGCUGAAAUUUUACUAACCAGAAAACUUUUGCUUGAUAGGUGACCUGACAAUGAAAUUGGUAUUUGUGUAUAUGUUGAAGCUUUUGAAAGUAAUGCAUGUUUAAUCAAACAGAACCAAGAACAGAUUUAUACCUGUUUAAUUCUUAAUGAUGAAGUAUUGCAUUUAUGGAUUUAAAUAUAAGAACUUUAAACUUAUGUUUAAUCUAAACAAACUGGGAAUCAGUGCAAUAGAAUAAUCCUUAAUCAACCUCUCCGCUAAUAAUGUUUGAUCAAAGACUAAUCUUUAUUCUUUUGUAUGUAAUUUGAUGCUGUUUGUUUUGACUGAAAUUUUGACAUUUUUGUAUAAUUUUUUACAUUUUUGUCUAGAUAUGUGAACAAAUGGUGUAAGAAAAUGGUUCUAGUUCCAGCAUGAAUGUUAACCUUUCUAACAAACACUUAAAUAGUGCAUGCACAUUUAGUUGUCUCGAACUCUUUGCUUUGAUGGGUCUUGACAUACUAUGGUGCUCACAUUGUCAUUUCUUCUGCUUGUUUUUAGAGAGGAAAAUAGUAAUAAUCGCUGAUUUGCCUUCACGUUAAACUGUAUAUUUAGAGUUAUACUAAUUGGUAGCUAAGUACUACACAAAUAUAGACAACUUCGUGAAAAUGUAAAGUUUGUAAACAUAUUUUUUGACAUUAGAAUUUAUAAAGUUGUGUUCAUACUGUUUUGAUUAAACUUGCUAUGCCAUUCAUGAUUGACAACUUUUAUGCCCUUGAAGGAGGGCAUAAAGUGAUCGGACUGUCCGUCUGUCCAUGCUUCCAUCACACUUUGCGUUUAGGUUUCGAAAAAUGCUCAUAACUUCUAUGUCCUUUCACAUAGCAACUUGAUAUUUGGGGUGCAUGUGUAUCUCAUGGAGCUGCACGUUUUGAGUGGUGAAAGGUCAAGGUCAUGUUCAUCCUUCAAGGUCAAAGGUCAAAGAAACAUGUAUCAAAGCAGCACAGUAGGGGCAUGGUGUUUCUGACAAACACAUAUCUUUUUUAUUUACUUUAUUCACAUGAAAAAUAAAUAAUGAUCAUAUUUGAACAAAAUAUGUCAAAAACUACUUUCCUUUCGAUGUUAAAUGGUUAAAAGAAUUUGUUAUACGAUUUAUAAGCAGUUCAAACAUAAUGUAUGAUACGUUGUUAGAUGUAUAAAUGGAAUAAUUUAUAUUCCAAUAAUGAUCAUUUGUUACAAUUUAAAAAUACUCAUGUUUCAACUAUUUGUUUCAAUUGUUCACUUAUAAAUUACACUAGAUGUGAUAUAUAGUAUUCCAUGCAUGAAACAUAAACUUCAUGUCUUAAGUAUUUAAAGUGAACUGUAUGUCUGGUGUGACCAAUUAUAACAAGGUAGUUGUUUGUUAGUUUAAACACUUAACUAUCAACAUCCUAACCACAGAAGACAACUAACAUAAUUAGUCUGAAGAAAGAUAUCAUAAACUGUCCUUUUAGGAUAGCACUCUGGUCAUUAAUACAUAUAAAAUUAUUAGAAAUGUUCCUACUUUUAAACUUAAAUUUGUUCAGACGAUAAAAUGUUUGUGCUUAUUGUUCAGAGGCAACAUAAUGUUGAAUGUUUUACUAUGGUGCUUCUUUAAUGUAACUGUUUAAAGGUGAAAUUUGUAUGAGGUUUCUCACCUGAGGAAAAUAAAACACACAAGACCAAAGGUUGAUGAUAUAAAUAUAUAUGAAGGAAGUACAAACACAAGUGGCCGGUCUUGCUUAUUAUUUUUUUUUACAAAUUAGGAUGGAAAGUUUAUUGUUUUUAAGCUACUGUUAAGUGUAAUGACACUCUAGUCAAUUAUGAUCAUGUUGUUUUCAGUUGUGUUUGUUUUUUGCAUAACAUAUUUAUUCCGCUAUGCACAUUUCUAAUUGAUAGUAAUUUGUAUGUCAACUGCAUUUUUGCUUGCAUAAAAAUAAAUCCGUCCAGGCUGUCA